AUGUUAGUUGAUGGCAUAGUCACAUUCUCCCGUGACCUCCAUCCUGCCGGACUCGUUCUAUUGUUCGCAAGCUUGCGAUUAUACCCAAACACUUCUUUCCAUAUUACACAGGCACACGAACACAUGCACAUCACGCGUCAUCCAGCUAAUUGCAUGCACACUCUUGUGCCCACACCUCCUUUCCAGGCUUCCCUCGGUGGCCUGCCCAUUAGUCCAGCUUUAAAUUACACUUUAUGUGGAGAUAGAGGCCGUGAGCAGUAA